UCCGGACUCAUCAUUGGAAGGAGGGAGCUCAGCACUAAGUCAAAAUGUCGAGCGAGGAAAGUAAAACAGAGGAGGAUAACCCUGAGACGGCUGUAGAGAAGAUCUCAGACCUGGUACUAAGUGAAGACGGCAAAUCCACACCCCAAGAAAGCACACAGAGCAGUCAAGAGCCCAAGACAUCCUUUAAGGAGUCAGCUCCAGACUCCGAAGAACAAGUCCACCAAGAAGGGCAAACCCAAAUAAGCCCUGAGGAACUUUGUGAAUCGCUGAGCUUAGAGCUAGCAUCCGAAGUCACAGACAAUCCGGAAGACCUUGACCAUCCCGAUGAAGAUGGUGCAGAAAAAGGAAGUAGCUGGUCUACCUGGGGAACAUGGGGCAAAUCCCUCUUAUCAUCAGCUAGUGCAACUGUAGGUCAUGGCCUAUCUGCAGUCAAGGAAAAAGCCGGAGUCACUUUGCGAAUUAGGAACUCAGAGUCUGAGUCAGGAGCCUCCGAUACUGGGGAACAAGUGUUGCCGGAAAAAGGAGAUUGCCCAGCAGAGCCGUCAUCGCCUUCAGCAAGUUCCCGUGGUGUAUUUUCAACCUUAACAAAUGUUGUACAAAACACAGGUAAAACCGUUCUCAGUGGUGGUCUGGAUGCCUUGGAAUUUAUAGGUAAGAAGACAAUGAAUGUACUGGCAGAAAGUGACCCCGGCUUUAAGAAAACUAAAAUACUUAUGCAGAAGACGGCAUCUUUAUCACAGAUGUUAAGGGAAGCUAAAGAAAAGGAGAAGCAGAGACUGUCUGAGCAAGUGUCGGAUGAGAGGACGGCUCACUAUGGAAUGUUAUUUGAUGAGUAUCAGGGACUGUCACAUCUGGAGGCUUUAGAAAUAUUGUCCAACGAAAGUGAGACAAAGGUCCAAGAUUAUUUAUCAUCACUAAACGAGGAACAGCUGGAAACACUAAAAGUAGAACUUAUCGCAAUCAAAGAGAUUUUCCUUCAGAAAGACUUUGAAAAUGGAGAAGAAUCUAGCAAAGAAGAGGAAGAGAAAGAAGAGUUUGCCGGCAUGCUUACUGAAUUGUUAUUUGAGCUCCAUGUUGCUGCUACACCUGACAAACUAAAUAAGGCCAGGAAGAAAGCCCAUGACUGGUUGUCCUCAGGCAGCCUGUGUCCAGGAGAACCGACAAAGAACCUGGAGGCAGAUGGUCCAGAGGUGGCAGAGAUUGUAAACGAAGAUCCAAAAGAAAGCAGUGAGGAACUUGUAGCUGAACCCCAGAAAAGCAUCACCACUAAAGAUGUGUACAUGACAUCUAUUGAAAGUCUGGCUGAAAUCACCGCUCGCUGCAUCGAACAGCUUCACAAAGUGGCAGAAUUGAUCCUUCAUGGACAGGACAUAGAGAAGCCAGUGAAGGACCAAGCCGUUGUCUUAACAAAGUUAACCAGUGCUAUGUGUAAAGAAGUAACAUUCUUAUCAAAGAGGUUUACUGGCUGUCUGACCACUGUUGGGAGCAAGCUAAAGGCAGAAGUCUUAAAUCCUAAGAUCAACAGUAUACAGCUAGAGGGAAAUAACAGCACAACUUAUAUCCAGGACGCUUUCCGGCUUCUGCUUCCCAUAUUGCAAUUCUCCCAUAUUCAGAGAACCGCCUCUAAAGCAUAGCACCAUGUACAGCUACGACCUGAGCUAAAUCACAGCAGAGCUCAACAAUACUGUUCCAGGUGACCGACGACUCUCAUCUAACUGAUGGAAACGGCUUGCUGAUGUCUGCCAAUUGCUAAUUUGCACAUCAUAGAGUUAACCAAAGCUUUUUGAAAGUGUUUAGUAAAGUUGAUGAUUUUGUCUAGAUAUUUAAUGGUUUGAUCUAUAUAAGGUACAACACCACUGAAUGCAAACAGUUUAGCUUUAAAUGAAAAUAAUUAGAAAUGA